AUGAGCUCUACAAGUUCGGAUCACCAACAGUUGCGAGAGGUGAGUGUCUUCGACUCGGAAACACCGCACCAUUCCAACAAGUCGACAGCAAAGAAGAAGAAAAUUGUGUGGAUAGGCUUAUUAGUUUGUGGAUUGUGUUGUUUGGUUACGUGUUUGGUGUUCGUUGUGGUUCUUGGUGUUUAUUUUGGCAGAAAGAAUGAAAAUGUGUAUCCCAAUCCUAAAUAUACUUCUUCAAAUGAUUUUUUACAUUUCUUGGUUGUUGGAGAUCAGGGAAGAGCUGAUUCAAGUCAAAAGAAAGUAGCUGCUAGUAUGGGCAAGUUCUGUCAAUCGGUCAAGAAGUGUCAUUUCGUUGUGGGUGUGGGUGAUAAUAUUUAUCAAUUUGGUGUUAGUCAUGUGGAGGAUUCUCAAUUUAAAACUAAAUUUGAAGAUAUUUAUCAAGUGGAUGGAUUAGAAGAUUUGAAAUGGUACAUGUUGCUGGGAAAUCAUGAUUACAGAGGAAAUGUUCAAGCUCAAAUUGAUUAUACUCAAAAGAGUCAUCGAUGGAUACUUCCUUCACAUUAUUAUACAUUGGUGAAGAAUUCAACUUUGAAUGGAUUUAAUGUUUCAAUGGUCAUGUUAGACACGAGUCCAUUUGUUUCUUUUUGGACAGAUCCUUUGAUGAAUUCUGAUUAUUGGAACUCUCAAACUAGUCACAAACAAGAUCAAUUAAACAUGAUGGAAAAGGUCUUGUUAGAAAACAGAGAACGAAAUAAUUCAUGGACAUUGAUAUUUGGACAUCAUCAUGUUUAUUCUGGAGGUCUUGGUGGAAAUAGUAAAGAUAUGAUGACCAGUGUUUUACCCUUACUUGAAAAGUAUCAACCUCCAUUGUAUAUUUGUGGUCAUGUGCAUCUCCUUAAUUGGCUUCAAAAUCCACAACACAAAACAAAUUAUAUCAUUUCUGGAGCUGGUAGUGGAAAUAUUAUUUGGUCUGUAUUCAAUCCAUUCUCAAAGAAUGUUUACACGGAUCCAGGUUUCUUUUCUGUCGAAGUGCAACAAGAUUUCAUUUUUGUGAUUGCUUUGGAUAUUGAUGGCAAGGAAAUAUUCAAGUUUAGAAUAGAUAAAUAA